AUGCAUUACAAGCCACGUCCAUCUUUCAAAACAAAACACUGGCGGCGGCUCUACGAAUCCCGCAUCUCGGAUAUUAAAGCCCUCAAAGAAUCCGCGAACGGCACUGCCUUUGUCAUUGUUGAUGCCGAGCCAUGGGGCAGAGACAACUCAGAGCCGGCCGAGAUCGGCCUUUCUCUUCUUCCGCAUGUCCAUGUGAAUCUUGAUUGCGAAACUAUGGACACACUUCCCAAGACAUUAGAUGCGGCCAGUAACUUGAUGGGGUUGGAAACACACUGGAUACGCUUGAUCGACAGAGAAAGGCGAGAGAGAGGUCGUGAACAACAUCGAUACGGGACACAACACUUUGUCUCAGGCGACAAGGUAGAGGAUACUAUUAUAGGCAUCAUAGAGUCAUUCCGGGACAAGACAUCGGGCGACGCGCCGCUUAUUCUAGCGGGAUUUGCAGUCGCUUUUGAGCUGCAGGUGCUGUCAAAUAUCUACCCAGACCUGUUAAACUAUUUCACAUCCUGGGUUGAUCUCCAAGAAGUGACAAGUGGUAUGACUGAUGGGAUUGAAAGACCUAGCCUGCGUGAAACUUUGAUUGCUUGUGGUUUUGAAGGCUACAGGCACUCGCAGGAGUCUCGGAUCGCCCGUCAACACAACGCUGCUACGGAUACCGUGCGGACAGUGAUGCUAUUAGUUCGGUGCUUGGGGCUCCCUAGCGAUAGAGAGACGCUUGAUAUUGACCAAUCAUCUCAAAAGAAACAACAAUUUCCUAGAAGACGCUCAAAUACUCCUGCAACCCCAAAAGAAAAGAAUUAUUGGAAAGGUUCACGACCCAGACCGAAAGAAUUCUACCCAUUCAUCACAAAAGUAUAUCGUACCCCGACCUUUGAAGGGUUCGAUGGACGAAACUUGUUCAACCUCUUUUCAAAAUACGAGCCAACUGCUGUCGGAAUAAGUAAUGGCAAGCGAUAUGGAUGGUUGUGUCUACCUAAUCUAAAAACUCUGGAGAAUUUUGUGCGUUCUGUACAUAUGUGGGAAGAUGAAGACGGGAGCGUGUGGGAGGUUUUCUCGGAAUAUGAUCCUACUGUGGUACCUGCACAGGACUGGGAAGAGCUGAAACUGCAACAAAAGGAGGAGCUACAGGCGGAGAUUGAUGAGAAGCGAAAGCAAAGACGACUCAAAAAAGAGAGUCAGAGCGAUGAGAUAUGGCCGGUGAGUUUUGAAGAUAUUCUCUAA